ACGGUGAGCGGGAAAGGACAAACAAAACCCAGAACGCUAUCGAGGCAUAAGGAGGGGCGAUAGCUCUAUCACGUGGACUGAAGCCCCAGCAUGGCCGGAGAGGUGCUUAUCGCCGAGAAGGCAGCGGCUGAGCCUCUCAGGCAGACGAGGGCCCAGAUUGACGCGCCGGGCUCCAGUGGGAAAGCGACCCCGCGCCGGCCUCCGUCCCGAAACCUCGUCUUCAUUUGCUCGUUCCCGGACUGCGACGCCGCCUUCAACAAGGGCUGGAAGCUGGACGCGCACCUCUGCCAGCACACGGGAGAGCGACCCUUUGUUUGCGAAUACGAAGGAUGUGGUAAAGGCUUCACUAGAGCUUUCCAUCUUAAGCGCCAUUUUCUUACACACACUGGAGAAAAGCCAUUUGUGUGCACAGCAGAUGGCUGCCAUCAAGCAUAUAUAACAAAAUCAAAUUUGAACAAGCAUGUGGGACGCAUGCAUCAACAGAAGAAAUAUAUAUGUGACUUUGAGAGCUGUGGAAAGUCUUUUAAAAAACACCAGCAGUUAAAAAUUCAUCAGUCUCAACACACCGGUGAACCACUCUUCAAAUGUAGCCAUGAAGGAUGCGGAAGGGACUUUCCUACCCCCACCCAUCUAAAGCGUCAUGAGAAGACUCAUGAAGGCUAUGCGUGCAAAAAAGAUGGCUGUUCAUUUGUUGGAAAGACCUGGUCAGAGCUUCUGAAACAUAUGAGGCUCAGUCAUGUGGAACCAAUAAUCUGUACAGUGUGUUCGAAAAUAUUCAGCCGCAAAGAUUCCCUCAAAAGCCACCAGAAAAUUCAUGCUGGCAACAGAGAGGUACUGAAAUGUCCAAGGGAGGGCUGCGGAAGAACUUACACAUCGGUGUACAAUCUCCGGUGCCACAUUGCCUCGUUUCACGAGGCAACAAGAUCACAUGUGUGUGACCACCCUGGUUGUGGAAAAAUCUUCGUAAUGAAACAAAGUCUCAUAAGGCAUGCUGUUGGACAUGACCCUGACAAGAGAAUGCUGAUCUCAAAAGCCAAAAAACCGCGUCCGAAGCGGAGCAUGGCCUCUCGCCUCAGUGGAUACAUCCCGCCUAAAGCGCAACGAAGAAGCGCACUGCCAGUGGACGGGACCCCGACCGCGCCUGCCAUGGACAACACGCUGCUGACUGUGGAGACGCUGUCCCUCGGCUAGUUUCGAAUGAGCCCCACUGAUAGUUUCCUGCACAAGAAGCUGAAAGUAACUUUAUAAGAUGACCAUUACUGGCACUUUCAUGGAGUCUGUACAGAAAACUGGAGGGGCGUCAAAGCAAAUUCAAAUUAUUUUCCCAUUUUGUACUUUAAACAAAAUCAGUGCUGGAGAGCAUCCGCGUCAAUCGCGUCCUUCCCAUUGUCCUUAGGAAGGUCUUUGUUUUUCUCCUUCGCCUUGUAUUCCCGGAUUUCUUUCUCUGACAUGUGCCUCAACACACACGUGCUGCUUCCUUCUUUAACGAUGCGAGGCUGGGAGAGGUACGUAGCUUUCUCGGGCAUCGUAUCCAAAAUCUGAUCAAAUAACGCCAUCUGAAAAUAAGGAGAUAAGAUUGACGUCAUUACGGAUGGAUUGCUCGAGUCUUUUUCGGCUUAGAGAAAAGAUUUGAUUGAAAAACAAAGACAAAUCUGGCACGGGAUAUUGUUUUAGAACCAUAAAUCAAUGCAGAAUAGAUACUGAGGGAUGAAAAGCUCAAACAGUUUUAAAAUUGGGUAAUUUGGACCAGAAUGUUUAGACAGGCAUAUAUACCUUGUGCAUUAAUUGCUGCAGUGCCUUUUUCAGCAGGUUGAUUGGGGUUCAGGACUUUCCCGCUACCCCAUUAUUACGUUCUUGUAAAGUUAACAACAAGCCCUACUACUACAGGUGCCCCAUCACUCUCGGUAGGCCAGCUCUGGCUAAGCAAUCUCCAGUUUCUGACCACUAGUAUCCGAAGUGUUUCUAGUUACCCAGUUUUCCCUAAAGUUUGAAACAAUGAUAGGGACAGCAUAAAACAGCUUUCCCCCAACCUGUUGCCCUGCAGGUGAGUUGGGACUGCAACUCCCACUAUUCUCAGCUAGCAUGGCCAAUGGGAUUGGCAGUCCAAGACAUCUGGAGGGCAACGGGUUGGAGAAGGCUAGCACAGAGUUAUAACACCGGAAUGUUUGGCAUUACGCACACUUCAAAUAAAAGUAUUUCACUAAUUGUAGUCACGGGCAGAAGGGGAUUAGUUAUUUCCAAUCUCAUGACUGUAUCUAGAAAAGUAAGAUGCCCCCCAAAUUGGUCUUUACAGUUAAAUGAAACUGAGCGGUACUAAAAAAGCAAUUCAAAAUCAUUCUAAACGUCUACACUUUAAAACCUUAUCUUAUUACCUUACCAUCUUUUCUGGUCCGUCAGCCACGUUCCUUUGCCUCAGUGUAAUCCUGAUGUGAUGUUUUUUGUCAAUCCAUUGCUGAAUUUGUUUUAUCUUUGUAUCUAAAUCGUGCUGCGCAAUCAUUGUGGAAAACUUCAUCUCCUUCUGUUGAACUGGCCCUAUUAAAAUACAAAUGGGUCUGUAAGCCCUUGCUCUAACGCGAA